AAUAAAUAAAAGAAGUUGAAAUUGGAGUUUGAUAUCAAUGAGAAUCACAACCACAAACCCCGCCACAUAUAUAAGCCCCCAGUUCAACCUCCGAGCAACUUUCCACAUUCAUUUGUACCAAAUCUCAGCACCCUUUACCGGAAAACCAAAACCAUGUCGGACCCAAAACCCAGACUAGUCUGCUGCAUCGGCGACGUCCACGGCUUCCACACCAAGCUCCAAAACCUCUGGUCCAAUCUCGAAUCCUCCAUCCCCUCUUCAGAUUUCGCCACCGCCCUCGUCAUCUUCCUCGGCGACUACUGCGACCGCGGCCCAGACACCAACAAAGUCCUCGACUUCCUCAUUUCCCUCCCCUCCAGAUACCCGCAUCAGAAACAUGUCUUCAUCGCCGGAAACCACGACUUCUCCUUCGCCGGCUUCUUGAGAGUCCUGCCUCCGCCGCCGGACGGGUCCGAGUUCCGGGAGGGGUGGAAGGAGUUCGAGGACAAUGAGGAGAGAGAAGGGUGGUUCAAGGGCGAGGGGUACGAGGGAAUGCACUUGCAAGGGAGGAGAUGGGCUGGGAGUAAGAAUUCUGAUGCUGGGCCCACUUUUGAGUCCUAUGGGGUGCCUCAUGGCUCUGCCGAUCUGGUGAAGGCAGUUCCUGAUGAUCAUAAAAAGUUUCUUGCUGAUAUGGUUUGGGUGCAUGAAGAGGAUGAUGUCUGUGUAGAGAUUGAGGGUGAAACCAAACACUGUAAAUUGAUUGCCGUGCAUGCCGGUUUGGAGAAAGAUAAAGAUGUCAAACAACAGUUGGAGUUUCUGAAAGCCAGAGAUACUCGGGUACCUAAGAUAGAGGCUCUUAGUGGCAGGAAAAACGUGUGGAAUAUACCAGAGGAACUGAAAAAGACUCCAACUGUUAUUGUAAGUGGACAUCAUGGGAAACUUCAUAUUGAAGGCUUAAGGCUGAUUAUUGAUGAAGGCGGUGGUAUGGCAAAGAACCCGGUGGCUGCAAUUUUACUCCCUUCUAUGAAGAUAGUCCGUGAUACAGACGUUGUUGCUGAAGGAACAAGAAUUCUUGACUAGAAAAACAGGAUCUGAGCAUUGGGAAUAUUUCAACCCUCCCAACCUUCCUUCCUAGUUUCUACUCUUCCCUUUCCAUUUUCAUUUAUAUUUGCCUGAGCUUGAGUACCAAAUCAGAGAAACUGUCACUCCUAUCUUCAGUGUUUGCAUCAGACAAUUGGCAUUUUAAGCUACUAGAUUUACUCUCAUGAGCAAGAAUUAUACCGGUGUUCACUGGUACGUUAGUCUUUUGUGAUUUUGUAGCUCCAAUAGGAAUGAAAUUUCCCUACAGAGUAGUUAUGUUGUGAUC